CAUUUCGGUAGCCAUGCUCUCCCUCACCGUCAACAGCGUCUCCUUCAACGGCCCGGCGCUCGCGCCGCGCGUCGCGCCAGCCGCUGCCGCCGGCGUUCGCAUGGGCGUCUCCGAUAUGGAGGGCACUGGCCCCGAGACCGGCGGCAAGGUCUUUGACCCGAUGGGCCUCUCGAAGAUUGCGUCCGCCGAGACCCUCGCCUGGUACCGCGCCGCUGAGCUGAAGCACUCGCGCGUCGCGAUGGCUGCCGUCACUGGCUGGGCGUGGGUCUCGUCGGGCGGUCCCCUGUUCCCGGGGUACCUGUCGGUGGAGCAGGGCGUCACCUUCGAGUCGCUCGGCCGCGACGGCUACGCCGCGUGGGCGGCGGUGCCCGAGGCGGGCAAGUUCCAGAUCCUCGGCGUGAUUGGCAUCCUCGAGAUCCUGAGCGAGUCGGCGGUCAAGCCGCACUACAUGGCCGGAGGCACGCCCGGCAAGGUGCCGCUGCUGUGGGACCCGCUCGGCUUUACUGCCAAGCUCUCCCCGGAGACGCUCGCGCGCAAGCGCCUGGCCGAGCUGAAGAACGGCCGCCUCGCCAUGAUCGGCGUCAUGUCGCUCGUCUCUGCGCACUUUAUCCCCAACUCCGUGCCGCUGCUGCCCGGGAGCGUCUAGAGUCUCCGCCGCCCACCGGGCGUGCCUCCGCAGGACCGGCCGCGGCGGCGACGUCCGACCGGCGCGGGCCACCGGCAGCUGGGCAGCAGUGGCGAGCUAGCACGCGCUGCCGCACGGGCAUCUCCGUCAUCCCUGUGCAUUUUGCCACGCGGAGGCCCACUGACUGUCUCAUUCGCCAUGGCCCCCUUGUGCUUGUUACCCCCGAAAAUAGCAAAAAAUGCGCGACACUGUGUGU